CCGCUGUUGUAGACGGCCCGCGACAUGUUUUUAAAAUAAUUUUUAUAUUAUGGUUUAUAUUAAAUAUCUAAUUUUUUAGACCACUAAUUGGUAUGGAUAUCGGUGAGUACCAGACAGCGUGCAUCGGUACUCAUAUUUGGUUUAAAAAAAUGCAUCCCUAAUACUAACAUUUUCAUAGCUAUGAUGAGGGACACGACUGCGUAUCUCUGGUGUGCGUAUAUUUUCUUUGAUUUACGGUAAGUGCAUUUUCCACCAGAGAAAAAGAGAUUACGGUAAGGUGUAUACAGGGCGUCAGUUCCGGUUUGCGGAAAGGGCACGAAAUUUAAAUUUCCGGCCAUAAGUUGGCUACUUCUGGAUGUUUUUGAAAAUGAAUAGUCUGUCGUCGGACGUCGACAUAGACACCGCUGUAGAAAAGCUGAAGAAAAAGUACUUGGAGAGGAUCGAUUGGGAAGCGGCCGAGGGUGCACCUGCAAGAAACUGUGCGACCGAGAAGUUCCCGUUUUAUGACCUACCUCGAAAAAGAUAUUCGCCCUGCGCAGAGGAAUAUAUACCCCCAGUUUUCGGGGAAACAACUGACUGCAAGAAACCUGUCCGAGAACCUUUCAGGAAACAUAAUCUGGAGCUGAACCAAGCAGAAGGUGAAUAUGAGGACAGUGGUGAGGAAUCAGACUCCGUGCUAGACAGCCAUAGUUACUUCUACACUGAAACAGAUGUGACUCUGCCCUCCAAUCUGGCCAGGAUCUCCAACUCCUGUGUGAUGAAGGCAGCAGCUCCCUCUGGUGGGAGGGCAUUGGAAGUGUGCUCUUCUCAGAUGAAGUCCACCUCACCAAACAUAAGUCAGGUUUACCAGGAGAUGCUGGAGAUUUAUGAAAAGCUCCAGGCUGAGAGGGUACACCAGCAGCGCUGGGCUGCAAGACUGCAGCAGAAAGAGUGUGUGCUGCUCCGCAGUUGCGAUGCCCUGUGCGAGGUCGAGCAGGUCUGUGAGCUGCAGGAGUACCAGCAGAAGAUCAGAGAGUUAAAGGAGGCACUGGAAGAGAAAACAAAGGAAAGCAAGAGAAUGAAAUCCAGCUUGGAAGCAGUCAAGGAGAUGAAUGAGGCGUUGAAGAAGCAGCUCAGUGAUGUCAGUGAACAAAGCAAAAAGAUGGAGAUCAAGUCAAGGAAAGUGCAAGCCCGUCUGGAGAACCUGCAGAGAAAAUAUGAGUAUUCUUUAGCACAGAAGGGCCGUGAAAACAUCACUUCAAAGAGCCAGGGGGUGAAACCUCCCACACAGGACAGCUCUUCCAUCCCUGGAAAACUACCCAAGGGCCCCAGGCACCCUGGCAUUUUCAAGCUAUUGGUGCAGACCCUCGACUGGGUGACGGACAGCCUCCUAGCCCCUCCAGGAGCAACGCAGCUGAAGACAGCCCUGGGCCAGCAGGAGGUGACCCCAGGCUCCCUUCCGGAGAGAUGCUCAAAAGCUGCCCGCCUGGCUCUCCUUAGUCCUGCUGCUGAAACCGACCCUCCUGUGUGCCUCAUGGGGCCCCUGCAGGUGCUGCCCCUCCUUGCUGAGCAGCUGCAGACGCUGCCUGUGGAUGACCUCGCCCUCCACAUGUCCCUGCUCCGCUUCAUCUACUGGUCCCUGAGGCAGCUCGACGGACCCCCCCAGCAGAACACGCUGACGUCGACCUUUCGCCGACUCGGCGAGGAAGUCUAUCGCGGUACGGUACUGCAGGGAGUUUCGCUCGACCUGGAUCCCCCACAGAGGACAAAGUCACCCUUCUUCUAUAAGAGUCCCAGCCGCCACGCCAGGUUCCUCUCUACUCUGAUCCUCCUGAAGACGGUUACCCAAGCUGACAUCUUGGCCCAGGCCCUGGGCACCCUUCAUGAAGACGUGCGCCAUGAUGACGGGCGUGCCCUGUUCCUGCUGUAUCGGGCGCUCCCCGUGAUCUCUAGCCACCUGAAAGCAGGCAGCCGCACCCUGCUCUCUCUGGCCCUGGAUGUGCUGCAGCAGAUGAGCUUGGAGUCUGGACACCUGAAUUGCUUCCUGGAGUCCUGCAGCACGGAGGACUUCUUUCGCUCAGUGUCCCUGCUCCUGCGCAGUCCCCGUUUAGAGGUCACGGUUGUCGAGAAGGUCAGCGUCCUCCUGCAGAAGCUCUCCAAGAUGAGGAAGAACAGGAGGCUGUUUGAGCUUUUCACCAUCCACCUGAAGCUGCAGGAGAUGCAGAGGACAACUGACCCCACCCACUCCUUCCUGGUCAUCAACCUCAGCUCCAUCCUCUUCAACCUAGGCAUGUUGAAGAAGGCCCACGUCUGUGACGGUCAAGGAGCCGUAGACUGACAGUGGGAUGCGUACGUUUGCACUUUAACUGUACGAAGACACCUUGUGGCCUAGUGUUCCUGUAUCUCUGUGUCAUGAUGGAGUGUAAAUCUGUGCACAAAGAAGUGGCUUGAAUGGUGUAUUUUAUUGAUGCUGAUUAUCUGCAUGUGCUUCUAGUUUGUGCUCUGGAUUAACACUUUAUGUACUGUCCUGAGAGAGGGGGAGAGAGAGCGUGCAGUGUUUGAACAUAAAAACAAAUAUCCUUUUGUGAAUUCAUACAUUGCUGACUAUUGUAAAAUUACCAUUUUUAAUAUAUUUUCUCUUUCUUGUGGGGUAACAUCUCCCGCCUGUCCUGUAUCAGAAUGUGUUUGUAAUUUUUGUGUCUGCUCUGUUCGUGUCAAAUAACUUUGUAUGUAUCUCUGACCCGUUUGCAUGUUAAGGAAAAUAAACGCUCUGCUUUAGACCAGAACAAUUAUUUGUCAUCCUCCCAAAAUAAUUUCAGAAGUGUGUGGGGGACAGUUACAUCACAGUAUAUUCUGUUUACAUGGAAAAAAGCAGCACACGCCCCAUGCACUAUAAUCGAAUGUAUAUUAAGAAUGUACCAACUCCUAUGCUUUGCAGCCUGUUCAGAACAUAACGUUGGGAACCUAAAGUCACUUAAGUGGAUGCAGGAUUGCUCAGGUCCAGCUGUGUUCAUUGCUCUCACACCAGCAUGGCUUGUCCACUUGCCUCUGCUAUGUUCUUUCCCUGUACGAACCCCCUGCGAUCCUGCUGCAUGUGGUUUGCCGAUUGGCCCUUUCUCUCACGUCCUUGUGAUCAUUUGCAUUGAUUUGUCAAUUGUCACCACUGGAAAUCAUACUUAAUCCUUUUUUCCCCUGCAUUUUUUAAGGCUAUAACUAACUUGAAACGAUCUAGGAUUAGUGGUCACUUGACAGUUGCUUAACAAUCCCUUAAUAAUUGACACUGUUACAAAGCUUUAUAUCUUUAUUAACUGAACUGCUUAAGACCCCCAUCGUCCCCCAAAUCCGUUUCAAGUAUAGAGGGGUUUGGUGUUCAGAGAGGCCUUUCUGCACACCAGUGCAGUACUGAGCUGUCAUUCUUGCACUUGUCCUUCCUAUUAGUCUUAAUGAGUCUGGUCCUUUUCCUCUGGAGUAUUUUUGGAUGAUUUGGGAGUGGAACUGCUGCUAAUGAUGUUUCUUUGUUCGUCUCACUUUUCUUUAAACUCUAAGCAUCGUAGUGUGUGAAGAUCCCAGGAGGGUUUCUGAGAUGCUGGCACCACCACGUCUGCUAUCGGGUACUUUAGCACCACACCAGGUGCUGUACUUUAGGUACUUCAAGAAAGUACCAAAAGUACGGUACUUCAAGAUAUUGGUUUUCCUCUGGCAUAAAAACUGGUACCGGCGCUGAAUGACAUCACAAUGCAAAUUUUUGUACGAAUUAAAAAAAUGGCUGUAGUAUAUUAUAAGGCUGGACAAUAUUAAAACCAACACUGCAUGUCAUCCACAUGCAAUUCUCACAUCACAAGGACGACAAAAUCAUCUGGUUUGAGAUGAGGCUUUUUCAUUUUUUCAUACUGUAUGGCUCCUCAAAUCUGUCCCUCAAUUCCAAAGCCAGGCCUUGUUUUCACUUCUCCCAGGUAGUUAGUUAAAUAAUUACUUAUUCUGAUUGGCCAGUGGCUUCACACCCAACCCACAGAUAAAGGAAGGCUGGGAAAUCAGCAGUACUCAGCCCUUGAGGACCGUGAUUUGAAUAGUACUGCUGUAUGGACAUUAUGGCGCAGGGAGUUCAUUUCACUAAAACAUUUUUACUUUGCCAUAGGAAACAAAACUUAGCAAGCAUUGCAAUUUUAAUGAUUAUUCCUUUUCAAGAUCAUCUAGUACACGUUUUAAAAAUCACUUUAAAGUUUGCCGCCGCUGCUGUUGUAGGUUGCAUUUCCGGUCAUUUUCAUCCUUGCAGUUUAAAUCACUCAUAGACAGGUUUAUGAGUAAUUUAUUUUGAACUCCAUUUUUGCUUUUUAAAUAUCCCAAUGUUUAUUACAACAAAAUCACAUUAUGAUAUUUGAAUUUUUUCUGCAUCAUAUAGACGUAGUUUAUUAUAGCAAAUAUUUUUCUAUUUCUUCUCUUGGCACCCAGAUCAGUUACUGUUUUUUCCGACUUGAUUACAAUUUAAGCUUGGGUCUCCUUUGUCCACGCAUAUAUUAUUAUUACUUUUUUAAAAUGUUACCAUUGUUGUCUGAGUUUGUAACUUUUUUCAGGAUGGUGGUUGUAUUGUGCUUCAGAGGCAGGCUAUUUGCAUAACCAAUCCACACUGAACACGUUUGUAAGUCCCACCCCAAAGUUCCAUAAUACCAAAAAAGUACCUCAGUUGGUUUAGUACAUUUGGUACUAGUACGUCUGGUACUGGUACUGGAUUGGAAGUCAAUGGAAAAAGGAAAGUAUCGAAAGUACUAUACCAAAAGUACGGUACCUAGUGGGGUGGAAUAGCGCCGCAGCAGUCACUCCAUGUUUUGAAUCACUUAGAUCACACUUCUAAGCAGUUUUAAUGCUUAACCAAACAGUAAGUGAACCUCUUGACCUUGUCAGAGUCUGUAUUGUUUGGUUUCAACCACACCAUUCCUUGUUCAGAGGAUCAGGCUGUUUGCAUUAACAAACAGGUGUACCUAAUAAACUGGUCCCUUAGUGCAAGUCCUCUUGUGAUUUAAAGACUCUCUUACACAUUUUUGGUUUGAUUGAUGAUUUAUUACUCUGUGCUGAUGAGUAACACUUGGGCUAUGUUUGUAUGUACUUUUUCCAGUACUGUUUUCCGGUGGGACGCUAUCGGAAAGGCGCCACGCUCGUGAUGGCUUUGUUUUUUUUUAACCUCCAGCUCCCCCCCCAGGAAGUAAACCCCUUCCUCCUGCAGGUUUAUUCGUCUAAAUGUCGUUUGUUUUUAUAAACCUCCUAAAUACCUCCAACAGCUCCAGCUAGCUGUCAGAGUCUGAUUUAUUUAUUUUCAUUACUUUAAUUACUCUGCGCUGAAAAUGUUUCUUUGUUCAUUUUUUAUGUGUACCAAAGAGCAUCUGUAAUGAAGCUGUGGUUUAGCCAGUUUGCGUCUAAGUAUUUCUGGAGGCCCCACCGUCUGUGGCUGCUCACUCCACUGAGACGCCUCUUCUGAAGUUUACGCUGUUCUGCUGUCGUCUCAGAAUAUUAUGGAGCCAUUUAAUUUCAAAUAAUUCUAAUUGGCUCUACAUGUAAAACAAAAUAUGGUUGUCAUGUUUUAAAAUAAAGACAAGACGCUCAUUUAUUUGGUGAAAUGCAUUUAACAGGAACACCUAUGUGUAAUUAUAUUAUCUGCAAGGCCAUUCACUACUUUACUGAUGGCAAGGGUAAGUUUUCAUAUAAUACUUUGUUCAAAGAACACCAGUCAUGCAGUAUAAUUGUUUUAUGUAUAUUUUAUGACUGCAGAGUGUUAUUUAUUUAUAGUGUUUUCAUACAGCAUUUAAAGUGGAUUAACUACAUCCUAUUUGUAGGUAUUGUUACUUGGUUUUUCUCUGUUCAGAGGGUUUCUGUAACAGUCAGGAUGAUAUUAUGAAUUACAACUAAUGGUAUUAAUACCCAAAAGUACUUGAAUAAUUCAUUGAGUAUUUCCUUUCAUCCCUGUGUUAUCGCUGCUUAUGUAACAGCUGGUAAAUCUUUUAUAGUCUCUGUAGAGUCAUUAGUACAAUAUCUGUGAGAUCACAGAACUCUAGGACAGAGAUCACGAGGUUAUGGGUGAGAGUGGGCUUAUGGGUAGGGCAUGGUAUGGCUAGAAUUUGGGGCAGAAGAAGAUUGGUGAACCCUACUGGGCCCUGAGCAUCUCAGUGGCUGACUGUUGAGUAGAUACCAUUAUCUCGGAGUUGUCCUGGACCUUGCCUCUUUAUGUUUUAUGCCUAUUUGUAUGGGUUGACUGUUUUCAGUACCUCUGAGUCCUCCUGUUACCAUUUCUGUCACCCACUAUGCCUCACGGUGUCUUAUCAUUGGCCAUGAAAUGUUAACUCCCGGGAUUAAAUCUGAGGCCCGGUGUUUCACCGGAAACCGAUCCUGGGAUGGAGCUGGCUCAGGAUGUCAUUGGCUGAUGGUCGAGGUCUCCGGACCUGUGUCCCAAAGGAGGGCGUCGCUGUGUCACACGAUCCAAGGAGGGAAUGAGAAGCUGACACAAUGUGCUUGUGUCACCUACACACACGUUUGAAGGAUGAGCUUUGUUCCAUGACAGGCUUGUUUGAAAUAUGAGGACCUUCUGGACUGGACAGUGCUACCACGUCGUACUCAUGUUUUAUCACGCCGGCAGAGAUCACAGACAGGAACAGUAUGAUGUAUUUUAUGAAUUAUAUUAUCUGCGGAUAAUCCUGGCAUAACCUGAGCCCAUGUUGGAUGCAGGGCACUAAGUGGCAGGUGUUUGCUGUGCUUUUGUAAAUGAUAUGUGAAUGGAGGGCAUGGAUCGCUGAAUUGAGAAAUAUGGUCUUCUAAUGAUCAGCUACCUUCUGCAGAGCCUUCUUAUAAAUGGGGGCAAGACAUCACUCUGUAGGACUUCAAGAAAUGCAUUUGGUCUGUUGAGAGAAGGACAUUUGGUGGAUGCGUUUGCCGAUGUCAUGCAACUGAUGUGUGGAUUCUUUGAAACGGUUGGUUCCUUUUUCUCUGAACUGGAACCUCCAUUAAUGACAGAUGUGCAGAAGCUGUGUCUGCCUGAGGGUUUGUGGCUGUGCUUGUGGGGGGAGUCAUUCUUAUUUAUUGGGGACCAAAAUCUGUGAAUGCAAUUAAAAAACUAAAAAUGGCAAAAA